AUGCCCAAGGCAGAUCCCACUGAGGAAGUCAGCGUUUCCAAAGCGUACCUCAAUGAAUUGAUUAGAAAAGCCAAGAGGCCACGAUCAUGUUGUGAAUGUAGGUGCACUUGUGGCUUCUAUCCUCCAGACACUCGUCUCACCGCCAUCAAAUCUAACAAGGAUCAACAACCUACUGCUGCAAACAACUCUCUACCAUCUAUACAUACUCCAUUUGUGCCAUCUUCUCUUACGAGAUCGGAAGAACCCAUUCCAUCCUUCCCAGGUCUCUUCCCUUCCGUGGACAACGGUCAGAAGUCCGAUUUCGCAAGGCUGACGACUUCACAACUUCGUAAUCAUGGUCACGUCGAGCUGCCAAAUGGUUUCACGUCUUCUCAGGGUCUUCUCUGUAUUCCAGGGAUUGGCUCAAAUGUUAUGUUGUCCGCAUUCUCAACAGUACAACCGUCCUACACACCAUUACAAUCACCCAUGUCGUCCUCUUCAAUGGUAGCGUUCAGCCCCAUGAUGCAACCUCUGCAGACACCAGAUGCUGUGUGUUCAUCGGGCUUGAAGUGCGCUCUGCCCACACAAGGAGCAUUCGACGAGAGUAAGUACGCCAAACUUUCACCUGAGGACCUGCAACUUGUACAGGAGCUGAUAAGAGCUAAUGAGCCCCUGAAAGCUCCGCUGGAUUUCCAUUUCAAGGAGGAACUGACGCUGAUGGAUGUGGUGAAAAUCAGCGAAGCAGGAUUGAAGAGGAUUGUGUGUAUGGCUAGGGAUCUGGCAGCUUUCCAAGCCCUAGACAUUGAAGACAAAAAGAAUAUUAUGAAAGGUUGCUGCAGUGAACUGCUCAUUCUGAGAGGGGUGAUGGCGUUCGAUCCCAGCAAGAACACAUGGAACCACAACUUCUCAACGGGUUUCAAAGGGAUGGAAGUCAAAUUGGAUUUGUUGAAAACGGUCACGGAAUCGCAGCAUUAUGAGGAACACAAAAGGUGA